AGUGUCAGUAGCAAAUAUAGAAAAACUAGAAUUGUUUGAGCACAAAAUAUUGAGCACAAAAUAAAAAAUUAAAAUUCAUAGCCACUCAUCAAACAUGGCCGACUCACCAGAAAAACAACCUAGCAAGGAGAACUUGGAGACUGCAGCCAAGGAUGCUGGCGGUGGCGAGCCAGCGGCCGUUAAAGAGAAACCAGCUAAGGCGGGCAAGGACAAAGCUGGCAAGGGAGACAAAGGCGACAAGCAAACGGGCAGCAACCGCCCAUCGCUGGGCGUGGGAUUGGCUGGUGCUGCCAAAGCGGCCACAGUGCGCUUCAUGCCCACCUAUCGUCUGGAGUCGAAGAAUCCACUGAACAAGGAGCGCGUAGAGAUUAUCGUCAAGGCCGAGAUGAAUAAGGUUUACACCGAUGAGUACGCGUUUCAUCCGAAGUACUCGCUGCAUACGGCUGCCCAAGUUGCCGAAGAGAUUAAGGGACGCAUUAAGUCCGCCAAUUAUGACAGAUAUCGCUACAUUGUGAUCAUAACCGUGGGCGAGUAUCUAAUGCAAGGCCUAUACUCGAUGGCAAACUUCCUGUGGGAUGCCGAAAAGGAUGGAUUCGUCAACUAUAUCAUCGAGACCCCAAACUACUUUGCUGUCUGCACUGUUUACUAUCUGUACUAUGACUGAUGUGCAAACGCGUUAAUUAAAUAAAGUACCAAGCAGCCACAACAUAAAGCAGA